AUGUCUCAACCACCAUCCCCCUUUCCUCCACAAUCGCCCUUUUACUCGGCCCAAAUGAAUCCAGUCAACCCAGACACACCUCCGCCGCCGCCUCCAAAACCCGGCAGCCACGAAGCCAGCCGAGGUGGCACCCCGCAAAACAUGUCAAUGGCACCGCUCCCCGCUGGCUACCAGCCAGACCCAACAGCAUACACCAACGCGCCACCAACACUCCCAAACCCACCAACGAUGGAAGAAGGCUGGCUUCCAGACCUGGUAAAAGACAAAUCAACAAUCGACCUCCAAACCCUCUUGAACGACCCAUCUCUCCUCUCAGCCCUCUCAGCCUCGCAUCCAUCCUACACAGCGCGCCAACAGGCCCUAGAAGCGCUCAUCAAAACAAACAAAGACCUAGCAACCCGCGUUCUAGAAGUGCAAAAACACCUCACAGACUUGCGCACCUCAACAGAGACAAUGCUCCUAACGCACCAAUCACUUGAAGUAUCCUGGCGCAAAAAACAAGCCGAGAUGGAUGCUGCCCUGGCACCUUGGUCGCCCAAGGCUUUGUAUCAGCGGUACAGUGCGUCGAUUGUCGAGCAGGAGGCUGUUUGUCAUGCUGUUGAGGAGAGCUUCCUUGACGAGGAUCAUCAUGACCAUGGUCGUGCGACUGAGAAGGAGAUUGCUGAUUGGGUUAGGAGGGUUCGGGGUGAGGCGGCGAAGUUAGCUGCGCGGAAGGAGGCCAAGGCUAGGUGGGAUGAGGGGAGGGUUGGUGGUUGGCGAUGA